GGGCGUUCAGUAGCUCUGUUCAGUCGAGCCAGCGCCGUAGGCCGGAGCGGAGGUCGCGAGAUCGCGGAGAGUACCUCGAGAACGGGCAGGAAAACGAGAGAGAGAGAGAGAGAGAGAAAGAGGGAAGAGAGUGUUCGUGGAGGCGCUUGAUACGCACACGCACGGUUGCUGCACGACGAUCUGACCGAGCGAAGAGAGAAGAGCGCCGAGGUUAGGUAUAAUAAACGAGAACGGGGAGAUCGAAGAGGCGAACAAGUUGGCAGAGGGAGUACGAGCUGUUUCUUCUUCCUCUCCGCCGGAUUGAUCCCUCGCACGAGAGCAGCGUCGCCCGCAACCACCAGCAUCGACGGACACGACGAUCGUCACGCGUGCAGCGUCUCGUCGCGUCUCCGGGAGAAGUCUCUCGUUGCCGCCGCCGCCACCGCCAUCGUUCCCUCCCUUCGUCGGCCGUUGUGGUAUCUGGCGGCGGAUGGACGCCGGUAAAAAUGCGGUGGUGACAGUGACCGGAUACCGAGGAGCGGACGGACUCUGGGGCAAUUCUCAAGCGGCAAGCGGACUUGCGGUGAGCGACUGUGCGCCUCAGACGUCGCGGGUCAGCUCGAACCUGCACAGCAGCAGUAGUAUGGCGGUGAGCCGCGUCCCGAGCCCACCACCACCGGAAGUGAACACCCCCGUGGCCGAGAACUGGUGUUACACGCAGGUGAAGGUGGUUAAGUUCAGCUACAUGUGGACGAUAAAUAACUUCAGCUUUUGUCGCGAGGAGAUGGGAGAGGUGCUCAAGUCGUCCACGUUCUCCGCCGGAGCCAACGACAAGUUGAAAUGGUGCCUGAGAGUGAAUCCUAAGGGCCUGGAUGAAGAGAGCAAAGACUACCUGUCGCUGUAUCUCCUUCUCGUUUCGUGCAACAAAUCCGAAGUCAGAGCAAAGUUCAAAUUUUCUAUUCUUAAUGCCAAAAGAGAAGAAACCAAAGCAAUGGAGAGCCAGCGUGCUUACAGGUUCGUCCAGGGUAAAGAUUGGGGCUUCAAGAAGUUUAUCAGGAGAGACUUCCUUCUGGACGAGGCUAACGGAUUGCUGCCGGACGACAAACUCACGAUAUUCUGCGAGGUAUAUAGCUUUGUCAGCGUGGUGGCGGACAGCGUAAACAUCUCCGGGCAAAGUAAUACGAUACAAUUUAAAGUACCGGAGUGCCGGCUGCCCGAUGAUCUCGGGCUGCUGUUCGAGAACCAAAAAUUUAGCGAUGUAACGCUCACCGUCUGCGGUAGGGAGUUCCAGGCGCACAAAGCGAUUCUCGCAGCACGCAGUCCUGUCUUCUCGGCAAUGUUCGAACACGAAAUGGAGGAGAGAAAGAAAAAUCAUGUAGAUAUCACCGACGUGGAUCAUGAAGUUCUGCGAGAAAUGUUACGAUUUAUUUAUACCGGUAAAGCGGCGAAUCUGGAGAAGAUGGCGGACGAUUUGUUAGCCGCGGCGGACAAGUACGCGUUGGAGAGGCUGAAGGUAAUGUGCGAAGAAGCACUUUGCACAAGCUUAGCCAUUGAGAACGCGGCCGAAAUUCUCAUACUUGCCGAUCUCCAUAGCGCCGAUCAGCUGAAGGCACAGGCGAUAGACUUCAUUAAUACACAUGCGACAGACGUGAUGGAUACCGUUGGUUUUAAGUCCAUGGUGAGUUCCCAUCCGCACCUGAUAGCGGAAGCUUUUCGGGCUCUGGCGACUCAACAGAUCCCACCGAUCGGACCGCCCAGGAAACGAGUGAAACAAAGCUGAAAGCAGUCACCGCUGACUCCGGGCACGACCUCCACCUCGCCCCCACCACUUUUGCAUCCCUCUUGAACCUUUGUGUACAGUGAUAUAAUGAAGUAUAAGUAGUGCUAAAUAAAUGUUUCCUAGUGCGCCACCCUCUGGUCUAAAAGAAAAGUCGACGACGAGAGAGAACAUGAAAAUCAUCCGAUUGUCGACGGGCCUCGGCUGAGAGAUCCCUAUUCAGAGAUCCUAUGGAAGCAAAAAGAGAAUCGUGUCUUGUCCGUUCGGUCGAUUGAGGGCGAGUUUUACCAUCAGCGCACUGCACGCUCCAUCUCUGCGCGUCAGAGAGAAGAACGAGAUGUCUGAAAGUCUACGCAUAUCCGUAUAUUCACAUUCAUACGCCCCAUUGGUGUACGAAUUGUAAUUUUUGGCUGGCUUGAGCGCAAGUAGAUUCUUUAACAGCAGCAGCAUCAUAAUUGCAUCGCGCUCGUCUUCUUCAAUGCCAAUGCCGAUGCCAAAUGACACGUUUAUACGUGUCAUCCGGAUUUAUCAUUGUCAUCGUGGACUCGCUUUCGUUUCCGUUGUCAUCGAGCGAACGGACCGGAAGCGGAUGGUUCGCGCAAGACGUUAGAGAGACACGGAGUUGUAUAGCCAGAAAGGACCAAGAAAAGGCAAGGAGUUUCUCUCCACGUGACUCGCCGUCGCGAUUACCGUAACAACAACAACAAUAACAGCAACAAUAACAAUAAUAAUGCGCGAUGCACGAAGGAAGUUGUGAUAGACGUCGGCCAGACGAUUUUAAACAUUUUGUUCCUUUGUCGAGAGAAAGCACGAGGAGGAGAGAUGGAUCAAACAGAUGUCCCAUAGUCGCCGCCGCCGUACGCUCGACGCGUCGAGCACGGAGAGAAUUAGAUACUUUAUUCGUUUUCGUACCGAUAGUAGUGAUCUUUUUUUUUUUUAGUUUUUAGUGCGUCUCAAACUCUUCCAAGACGGAGAAAUCAUUCUAGUUAGUGUUCUUUUUUUAUGAUCUCUUUCUCUGAACCACGUAUGUACGAUUUAUUAUUAUAUUAUUACUAUUAAUGCUAUACGCAAUCUGUGCCCCAUGUAUUUUUGUAUAUUUUGUCUACAGGUAAAGAAACUCAUCUUUCCCUUCCUCCCCCCCCCCCUGCCCCAUUUCCCUGUCCUUUCAGAUACCGCGAUAAAUCCAAAUUCCCCAUUUCCUCUUGUCAGUAGGCACAGUUUGUCUUGUUUUCUGGAGUAUUGCAUACUGUAAGCGAAGUGAUAGGAUCGAAUUAUUAUUAAUUAUUAUUAAUGAUUAUGUUAUUAAAUUUAGGGUUGUCCAUAAUUUACGGAGAUACGUUGAAUAUAUCACGAGGAUGUCGCGCGCGCGAAUGAUGGUUACAUUGUGUUAUUUUAACGACGUUACGAUUUCAAUUCGAAGUGGCAACGUUAUUGAAAAUGAUCUAGAAAAAUAAGAAAAAAAAAGGAAAAAAAAAUUUAAGUCUUGUAAAAUCGAUAAUGUUAGUCAAUUAUUAGCAGGAGCAUCAAUCGUUUCUUUCUGAUUUCGCGUUAAUUUACGGCUCGCAUAAUUGCGUGUGCAGUCAGUGAACCGAGUUAUGGACAACCGACAGAGGCGAAAAAGAGUAAAAGUAAUCAGUCUUGUUUAGUACCGUGUACUGGCUUCCUGAUCCUCCGAUCUUUAGCUUUACCGAAAGCCGAGUUUUAAAUAUGUGGGAAUACUUAUUACCAUUUACACAUCAUUAAUGAUGACGAUUAAUGCCAUACAUGUUCUGUGAUAAGACCACUUGUAAUUACUGCAAUUGUAUAAUCGAUCCUUUCUAGAGACAGAUCCUUCCCUUCCCUCUCCGCCCCCGCUCCCCCUCAUGACGAUCCUGGCAGCCAGUGAAUUUACUUGUUAUAUAAAAUACAAUACGGUAAGCGACAGUCGUUGUAUCCGGACAGUCCCAAAUCUAGCGCGCGCGUUACAUUUAUCAAUUUUAAGAUUUUUACACUGUACAUAUCCGCUGAUGUAUUUUAUAAGAAUGGAACAAACUCGUGUACGAGAAUCCCAUACUUUUACGAAAAAGAACAAAAACCGUACAAUAAUCAUUAUGUAAUUUUUAUUUUGAUUUUACAGACUGCGCUAAGCUCAUGUUCCUUGGAAAAAAAAAACCUAUGCUUUAAUCCGUAACGUAAAACGCCGAAAAAUUGAUACAAAUUAAAAAACUAGUACGUUCGCCGUAGCUCCGUCGAGCGAUGUGAUCAAUAUUGCGUCAAUAAUUGAAGAUUGUGAAUCGAUGGAAAUCUGUAGUUUUAAGGAAAUUUUUUCCACUGUUUUUCUACCAUCUUUUUAUUUAGGUCUUGAAAUGACAUAUAUAGGACUUAAAUAAGAAGAAAAGAAAAUUAAGAUUAAACACAACAGAGGUGCAGUAGCGAUUUAAGGAACAGACUUUAGCCGCGCUGAGUUUACAUAAAAAAAAAUGUGACCAUUCUCCGAUUCUCAUAUCUAUCUUUGGGACUGUGCGGCGAUUUCUUUCGUGGAACACACGUAAUGUUGAAUGUCUUUUUCCUAGAGAAAACAAAAUAAACUGAAAAAAUAACACGAGAGAAGAGUAAAGCUAAUUCCGAGAUAGAUAAUUCGUACAGUACAGAGAGAAGAAAACACACACACACACACACACACGCAAUGUAGGCGCAAUUCCGUACGAACCCGCAGGAAUAAUAUGAGCGUAUGACUGGAUAUAAUUUGAUAAACUAUUAAGUACAAGUAAGACAAGUGUUACCUCAUCAUGAUAAAAGCCCGGCGCGUGUUGGUGAUCGAGUUCAUCACCGCCACUAGCUACUACCGCACGCCUGCUGUCAAACAUACAUACAACAUACACACAUACAUACACAUUCGUUGUAUAUUGCAUUUAAAAAUUCGAAGCGCUUUUUUGU